AUGAGUCUGUUGGAGAGUCCGUUCAGUCUGUACUUUAAGGUCCACGCCAGUAAAGACAGGAUGGAAACUUUUCUACAACAGCUGACCCGUGGUAAAGCUCUGUUCCUCAUCUUCAUUUUGGGAAUUGGAGGAAGCUUUCAAACUGGCUACCACAGUACUGAAUUGAGUUCUCCAUCACCGUACAUUCAGCGCUUCAUCAACAGCACCUGGUACCACAGAUAUGCAGAGCCUCCACCUCCACAGACGAUCACGAUCAUAUGGUCCCUCAUUGUUUCCAUGUAUGCUGUCGGGGGAUUCUUUGGUGCCUUCAGCGUCAAAUUGAUCACCGGCACCCUGGGAAGAAAAAAGGCGAUGAUCUGCACCAGCUUCAUUGCAAUUGUUGGAGCAGGGAUCAUGCUGGCAAGUAAAGCUGCCAAAUCGUAUGAAAUGAUUAUUGUGGCGAGGAUUCUGUAUGGCUACUCCUCAGGUUUGGGGGAAGGCUCCCAUGGAAUGUACCUGGCGGAGAUUUCACCUACGAAGAUAAGAGGGAAUGUGACUCUGACCUCAGCGAUCUUUUUGUCACUUGGUAGACUGUUUGGACAGUUUGUUGGACUAAGUGAGAUCCUUGGUCGCGAGGAGCUGUGGAACUUUGUCCUCUGUGCCCCUGCAUCUUUCUCAGUGGUUCAGGUUAUAGUGUUGCCUUUUCUCCCUGAGUCUCCCAGAUACUUAUUCAUAGAGAAAGGUUCUGAUAAGGCUUGCGAAAAAGCUCUCCAGAGUUUGUGGGGCCAAGGUGACUACAGACAGGAGAUGGACGAGAUGUUGACUGAGCAGGCUGCCAUGGAGGCAGCCCCGCGAAAAAGCACCCUGCAACUCCUGAGGGACCAGAGUGUUCGAUGGCAGCUUCUCACCAUGUCCAUCAUCUACUACUGCAACCAGCUGUCGGGCAAUUCUGCAAUCAAUAUCUUCUCUUUUGACAUCUUCCUGAAGGCAGGCAUACCAACAGACAAGAUCCGCUAUGUUACUCUUGGUCUUGGAGUAUCUCAAAUCAUCACCUCCAUCUGCUGUGGGCUGCUGAUUGAACGUAUAGGGAGGAGGCCGUUGUUCUGGGGGGGUUAUGGUCUCAUGUCUGCCAGCUUGGUGUUGGUCACUGUCACGCUCAAUUUGAAGGAUUCCAGCUACUGGGUUCCAUACAUUUCUGCUGGUUUGAUCUGCCUCUUCGUCAUCUUCUUUUGCGGAGGACCUGGGGGAACCUCAAAUACUCUCCAGAGUGAGAUCUUCAUCCAGUCCGAUCGACCGACAGCAUGUGCAGUCUUGGGGAUGCAACGCUGGUUGCUCUUCGCUGUACUGGGCCUCGUAUUUCCAUUCCUUAUUGAUGCCCUGGACUCGUACUGCUUUGUGCUGUUCACCUGUGUCAGCCUGCUGGCUUGUCUUUACACCUUUUUCCUCCUGCCUGAGACGAAAGGGAAGACCAUGAUGGAGAUCUCCAAGGAGUUUAGAGCCAUCACCAUCUAUGGGAAAUCCUUCGUAGAGGAAAAGAGAGUGGAGACCAAGUUAUAA